AUGCUGCAGCAGCGGGCGCUGCAUGUUGCUGCUGGGGCUGCAGUCUUCGGGGCCUCUGCGUUUUUAGGGUUUCAAUAUAAAAUACGCUCCGCUCCCCCUCCAAAGGAAGAGGCCCUCCCUACAGAGGCAGAGAGAAGACACAUCUUUUAUACGAAGGCGGAGGGCUGGGACAGAGAGGUUGCCUUUCAAGAGCUGCUGCUGGGCAUUGGGCGGCUGCGUAAAGAGGGUUAA